AUGGGGGGAGACAGCAGCAGCAGCAGCAACCCGCUGCUGUGUGACUCAGAUGAUGAGUCUCCUUCCUUACAAGAUAAGCAGCAGCAGCAGCAGCAACAGCAGCAGCAGCAGACAGGGGAGGGUCCACUAAAGAAGAGUCGUACUAAUGGCACUAAUGGCAGCAGCAACUCUGCUGCUGCCGCUGCUGAUGCUGCAGUGAAACCCAACCCUUCAGCAGCAGCAGCAGCUGCAGCAGCAGCAGCAGCAGCAGCAGCAGCAGAGGGACACUUUACUGGCCGAGUUGUUAAGGAAGGCGAUCUUGUUGUGCUAAGAGACUUCGCUGCGUCGUCAGCAGCAGACGUAAUAAGAGAAGUGGCGGCCAACAGCUCAACGUUUGAGCAACGGACAGCAUUUUCUAAGCAAAAAUAUAUUAUUAAAAAGGCUAAGAGUGGGCUGAGGAAUGACUACCUGAGCUGCAUGCUGCACCGCCUAUGUCUCUCCCCUGGCCAGAGGGUGAUUGCCCUUGAUCAUGCCUUAGGCCUUCCUACUGCCGGGGUCCUCUUGCGCUUAGGAGGACAGGGCCGCCUCUUUCGCCUGUUGGAGAGUGGCGCUGUUGGAGACAAGGCCCUAAGGGACAUGGCCUUGCCCGAGGCCCUCCUCUCUUGUCUUACGGACAUAAACUUAGAUCAGGGUUUACACGUUAACGUGUGUUCAUCGCAGCUGCUCAAAGUCCUUGAAGAUCGCCAUAAAGGAAUAACUCCUAAGGAGAGUGAGGAGGGGGCCCCUGGGGGCCCCUUGAAAGAGGAGGCGGGGCCCUCCGAGGGGGCCCAGCAGACACCCGAGCAGCGAUCUGAGCGCAUGCAGCAGGAGCACCAGCGGCCCGACGGGCAGGCGGCAAUGAAGGCCCUUGAGGAGAUAGAGGCAGGAGGGGGGAUAGAUGGAUUUGUGGCUGCAGUGUCUCCUUAUAAGGCCAGGAGACCCCAAGGAGACAGUUCGUCCUCAACAGCAGAAGUAUUUGGUAAACUGGUGCACAACGCAAUGCUUAUCGCCUACAAAUUCCUUAAGCCAGGUGCGUGCAUAAGGGUACACACCUCAAGGGACCAGGGGGACCCUAAGGGCCACAAAUAA